AAAGUGUAGAAACAAUUCUAACACCGGAAGAUAAAUAAAAGAAUGGAAGUGUGUUGUUAAAAUUGUGAGAGUCACAUCUAACUUGAACAAUUUCGCAGGAUGGAUUUUUGAGUCUCAACAAACAAUAGCAUUGCUCAAUGCUCAAAGUAAAUUCAUUGAUAUGAAUGAGGAAGAUGCUCAGAAUGAGGAGGAUAUUCAGAAUGAGGAGGAUGUGGCAGAAAUAGAAUUAGAAGAACCAGAGCAAAGUAACACUCAAGCAACAAAACCUCCACGAAAGAGAAAAUUGACUUCAAGUAUUUGGAAUGAUUUUGUAUUAGUUGGAACAGAAAAAGAUGGCAAAGAAAGAGGCAAGUGCAUCCACUGUGGUGCAAAGUUAGUGAUCAAUACUAAAACACAUGGAACAAUGCACUUGAAGCGCCAUUUGGAGAAGUGUCCAAAGAUACUUAGGAAGGAAUAUAGGCAUGCAUAUGAUCAUAAGAAAGACCAUGAGAUGACUAGUGAAAUCAUAAUUUACCAUAAUUUGCCAUUUCGCUAUGUCGAGUAUGAAAAGGUCAGGACAAGAGACAAGUAUCUUAAUCCGAAUGUCCAACCUAUUUGUAGACAGACCGUUGGAGCUGAUUUGUAUAAGCGAUAUGAGAUUGAAAAGGUUAAGCUCAAAGAAGUACUCUCAAAUCAUCGCGGUCGUAUAUGUUUCACGUCAAAUUUAUGGACAGCUCGAGCUACCACCAUGAGUUAUAUUUGUCUGACUGCGCACUUCAUUGAUGAGAGUUGGAACUUAAACAGUAAGAUUCUAGCUUUCUGUGAAUUGAAGUCUCCUCACACGGGUGAAGAAAUUUCUUACAAGGUUCUUGAAUGUCUGAGAAAAUUGGGAUUAGAAAAAAAGUUCUUGCGUGUAAGAUGUUCUGCUCAUAUUCUGAAUCUCAUUGUGAAAGUCGCUUUAGAACUAGCGAAAGAUGUUUUGCAUAACAUCAGGGAAAGUGUUAGAUAUGUUAAAGCAUCUCCACAGAGGAAAGAAGCUUUUGCAGCUUGUGUAGAGAGAGUAGGAAUUAAGAAUGGAGCUGGCUUAUCACUUGAUAUUCCUACUCGAUGGAACUCUACAUAUGAAAUGCUUGCCAGGGCUUUGAAAUUUAGGAAAGCAUUUGUUAGCAUGCUGCCUUUCAGUGUCAAUACUACACGUUUUUCAGGAUCUAAGUAUCCCACUUCUAGUGUGUAUUUCACACAAGUAUGGAGAAUUGAGCAUUUGUUGAAGAAAUUUGCUUCUUGUGAUGAUGAAGCUGUGGAAAGAAUGGCUAAAAAGAUGCAAAUAAAAUUUUUUAAGUAUUGGACCGAUUAUAGCCUCAUUUUGGCUAUGGGAGCAAUUUUUGAUCCUAGGAUGAAACUGGAGAUGCUUGAAAUGGCUUAUGGAAAAGUUGAUCCAUCAACUUAUAAGUUGAAAAAAGAAGAGUUUAGAGAGAAUUUGGUUCAACACUACAAAGAUUAUCAGGCUAAGUCGUGGAAAAGUUCUUCAGGUACUUCAGCAACUCCAACUCCACAUGAGUUAGUUUCCGAGUCUCCACUUGAUGAUGAUUUUGAUAACAUAAGUACUCUCUUUACUAUUCUAUAGUUUUAUAAUCAGGAUUUUGUUAUUACUAACUUGAUGUGAGUCUUCAAGAUCUUUUUGAGCUUCAAAAAAGCAUCAUAGUUGGUGUGAGAAACAAAAAGACACACUUGGAUGUUUAUUUAGAUGAGCCAAGAUUAGAGAUGAAGUCUUUUCUAGAUUUGGAUUUUUUGAGCUAUUGGAAAGAAAAUCAACAUAGACUU